AUGAGGACAUCUCAAAGUUCACUCUGGAUGAAAGCCAUUGGCGUGCUCUUGGAGAACGUGGACCAUUUUCAUAUAGACCGCCCUGAGAUGACAAAUGACGAGAUCACAAGGCUGCUAACCAUGCUGUGCAGGAGUACCAACUCCACUGAUCGCGUCAGUUUUGGUCCAAAAUUUCUUCAAAAGAUAGCAAAUACAGGAUCGCUUGAGGAAAUAGUUGCUCCAGCAAACCAGGAGUUGGAAGAUGCGGGAAGGAAAUCACCAAUCGAAGAAGUUUACUUGGAAUACAACAGCACCCCCGACUUCGGCAUACACGCAUUGCUGCUUCAAAUGAAAAGUCUCACUCGGCUCGACAUCAAAGUUUCCCAACCUUUCAAAGCUACCAAAGAGAUGUGCGAAUCACUCUGCGUCUUACUGAUGCAAGGGAGUGUAGUGGAACUUAAUUUGCAAGCCGCCACAGAGGAAGAAGGACUGUUUUUGCCACUGUUGGAUGCUGCCAACCAAAGUGAUCAUUUGUGCGACUUGAGACUACAGGAUCUAGGAAACCAAGCUGAGGUGGAGAUCUACCAGGAUGAAAUACUGCGGAUUCUUGAAAACAAUACUGAUUUGGACCUUGCGUUGGUUUGCCAAGACAUAAGAACAAUGGUUGAUGAAACCAACUAUUUAGCAGAUGAAACCAACUAUUUAGCAAUGAAGGCACACGUCAACAAGGAAUGCUUCCUUGAUAGGACCGAAAGUGACAACAAACAGAGACUUAUUGACUACAAAACACUCUUGAAUCUUUGUGGCCGUCGUGAAACAAUGGAAGAAACUAUCCAACUCGAGGACUUUGUUGGCUGCCUUUGUGGGGAGGCAAUUGGGGACUGGAUAGUACAUUUUUUGGAGGAUGUCACUGGUGAAAGCAAGGAAGAGCUGAUCACAAUUUUGCAGUAUGGACUACUCCGACAACAGCCUGCAACCUGGUUGCCACAGGACACAAAGGGCAGCAGAAAGCGCAAGGCCACGGGACCUCCUGAGGAUCUUGCCGUGCACAAGACGAAAUUGUUGUCAUCCAAGUAA